AUGGCUGGCCCCUUCGGCACUAUUUUUACUAAAGAUCGCAACCCGCGCACCACCGCGAUCCUCGCGGUUGCGAAGGCCAACGGCAUCGACCUCGAUGUCAAGAUUGUCGACACCCUCAACCCGACCCCCGAGUUCCUUGCUGCCAACCCCAUCAGCAAGGUCCCCGCCUUUGUCGGUGCUGACGGCUAUGGCCUGACCGAGUGCAUUGCCAUCGCCAUCUACAUCACCUCCCAGAAUGAGAAGACCACCCUUCUCGGCAAGACCAAGCAGGACUACGCCUCCAUCCUCAAGUGGCUGUCCUUCUUCAACAUGGAGGUCCUCCCCAAGCUCGGUGCCUGGUACCGCCCUCUCCUCGGCUGGGACCCCUACAACAAGAAGGCCGUUGACGAGGCUGCCGCUGGCGCCGCCAAGGUCCUUGACGUUGUCGAGAAGCACCUGACCAACCACACCUACUUCGUUGGCGAGCGCAUCACGCUUGCCGACCUGUUCGCCACCAGCAUCAUCUCUCGUGGCUUCCAGUUCUUCUUCGGCAAGAAGUGGCGCUCGGAGCACCCCGCCAUCUCGCGGUGGUACGAGACCGUCUACAACCAGCCCAUCUACAGCGAUGUCGCUGUCCCCUUCGAGCUCCUCGCCGAGCCCGCCCUGACCAACGUCGCCCCCAAGAAGGAGGAGAAGCCCAAGGCUGCCAAGGCCCCCAAGCCCGCCGCUGCUGCUGCUCCCGCCGAGGAGGAGGCUGCCCCGGCCCCCAAGCCCAAGCACCCUCUCGAGUCCCUGCCCCGCUCCGAGUACUCUCUCGAUGAGUGGAAGCGCACCUACUCCAACAACGACUACGCUGUUGCCUUCGAGUACCUGUGGAAGACUAUCCCCUGGACCGACUACUCCAUCUGGAAGGUCGACUACAAGUACAACGACGAGCUGACCAUGACCUUCAUGUCCAACAACCUCAUUGGCGGCUUCAACAACCGUCUCGAGGCCUCCCGCAAGUACAUCUUCGGCUGCGAGUCCGUCUACGGUGUCAACAACGACUCCGUCAUCACCGGUGCCUUCAUCAUCCGUGGCGACGACUUCAAGCCCGUCUUCGACGUUGCCCCCGACUACGAGAGCUACUCGUACACCAAGCUCGACCCCUCCAAGCCCGAGGACCGCGAGUUCGUCGAGUCCAUGUUCACCGGCGAGAAGCCCAUCACCGUCAACGGCAAGGAGUACACCUACGCCGACGGCAAGGUCUUCAAGUAA